AUGAAUAUUAUGAUAAUCAAUGAUUAUAUUCUAUUAAUUUAUUUAAUAUUAUGGAUUAAUGCUGAUGAAUUUCAUGUUGUUUCACCAGGACCAUGUUUACAAGAAGGUGAUGCCUAUUGUAUGAGACGUGUUGCUAAUAGUAUGUGUUCAUUAGAGAAAAAUGAAUGUUUUUGUAAACCUGGUUAUGUAUCAAUACAAGAAAGUUAUGGAAUUACUUGUAAAACAUUGUUAACCAAUUUAAAAUGUCAAGUGGAUAGUGACUGUAUACAUGUAGUGAAUAGUGCAUGUCAUCCAGGUGCUGGAUAUUGUGCUUGCCCAGGUGGUACAAUUUAUGUUUCUCAGGAUAAUGCAUGUCGACAGUCAGCAGAGAAUAAUCAAAAUCCAUUUUGUUUAAAAUGUCGACAAGCUAACGGUGUAUGUUAUCAUUAUACUUCUAAUCGAAUAUCAAAUUCAAAUGAAAUGAAACGAUAUAAACGUUAUGAAUAUAAAGAUCAUAAAUUAAUCCCUUUCAAUAGCCCUGUGGAUGUAAUAUUUAAAGAAAUUCUUCAAUAUUCUGAAAAUACAGAGACAUAUGGAUGCAGUUGUCCACAUAAUACUGGAAUGUUAGUUUCAUUUUCAAUGAAUGAUAUAACAACAAAUAUAAAUCAUAGUCACCUACAAAAACCACAUCAUACAACAUCAUUCAAUAAACUUGAUGAAAAUAUAUCCUUGUCAACAUAUCAGCUUGUACCACAUCAGUUUCCUCAAUGGUAUUUUUGUAAAGCAAUAAUGGUCGAUUUAUGGGAAUACUGUAACAAUAUUGAUUUAUUAUGUCGAACUAAAAAUGCACGUUGUAUCAGAACGGAUAAUGAAUUAGAUUUAAUUCAAUUUACAUGUCAAUGUAUACCUGGUUAUAUACCAGUUUAUCAAAAUCAUUUAGAUUAUCAUGAAUGUUUUCGUCAACUUGAAGCGAAUCAUUCCAGCUGUUCGUCAUGUAUUCAUUCAAAUGGAAAAUGUUAUACAAUGAAUGAACAAGACAUUGAAUCAUCGAUUGGUUGUUUAUGCCCAAAUAAUCUUCAAUCUAUAAUAACAUCUUCAACACAGACUAAUUUAAUACAACAUACUAAUAAUAAUAAUAAUAAUAAUCCUAUUGAUAGUAAUAAUGAUGAGAUCAUAAACAAUAAUGAUAAUGAUAAUCAUUUACAGAAUCAUUAUAAAUCUAUGCUAUCACAAACAACAAUAAUGGAAUAUGAAGUAUGCGGAGAAAAUUUAGUACAUGUAUUUUGUCAACGACAUUUAUUAGAAAUUUGUUUUUUACCAAUGAAUCAAUCACCAUAUGAAAACUUAGCUGAAAAUUUACAAUUACAUCAUUCCAUUGCAUUUAUUACAAAUUUAACAAUCUAUCAAAAAUUGAUUAAUACUUGUAUAUUAAAUAUAAAAAAUUCUGGUUUAUAUCAUAAACAAUGGAAUAAUACAAUAUUAAAUUAUAAUAAAUUCAAUACAAAACAUAUAUGGUGUAAAACAAUUGAUUGGAGACAAGAAUCAACAAAUAUACCAUGUGGUCUUAGUAUUACUGAAUAUAUGACUGGUGAUUUGUAUACUGGUUACUUGGCUAUAAUUACAAACCAAGAAUAUCGUAACCAUGAAGUUGAUCUCUUGUUUCAAUUUACAUGUAAAACUAAUAAUGAUGUACCGCAUCGGGUACCUGGACAAGUUUUCGAAAGAAAUAUUAAAGUUAAUAGACAAGAUCUACUUGAUGAUUCACCAUGGCCUAAACUUGAUGUUAAAUUUACUGUAAAAGAUGAAAAUGGACAAUCAGUACAAACAAUAUUAGAGUCAACACCAAUCAGAUUUGAAGCUGAAUUGAUUGAUGAACUAAAUGUUUACAAAGCUAUUACUGUUGAAGAAUGUUAUAUGAUAGACAGGAUAAAAUCUGGUCAAAGAAAUGAAGAUUCAAAGGAAACUCUUUUAUUAUACAAAGGUUGUCCAAUGUUCAAAUCAAAUUUAAACAAUCAAUCAAUAAUUGGAUUUAAUUUUCAAAUGAAUCAAUAUGACAAUGAAAAAGUAUUCAUAUUUCAACCGAAUAAUCAUAAUAAUAAUCAUAAUAAUUUAUAUCAAUUACAAACUGGUUUAUUUCAUCUUUAUUUAAAUAAACAAUCAAUAAUUGAUUUAGAUAUAACACAAUCAAUUAAUAAAACAAUCAAAAUGAUAAAACCAAAUAUCGAAAAAAUCAAUACAAAUAAAAUCAAUAAAAAUGUUACAAUGAUUAAUAAUAAAUCAAUGAAAUUAAUAAAUAAACCAAUGAAUUUAUUAGAUGAUAUAUAUAAAGAAAAAUUAAAUGAAAUUGGAUAUAGAAUACAUGAAUUAAAAUUUACUUGUAUAUUUCGUAUAUGUAAACAAUUAGCAUGGUGUUCAUGGCCUUCUGCGUGCGAUUCAACUACAUCAAGUUUGAAUAAUCCUCGAAUAACAUUUCUGCCACCAAGUCUACGAAUUAUACAACGUUCCAUACCAUUAUAUUUAAUUGAAAGUAUUCCAAGUAGUCAGUUACCAGUGAAAAAACAAGUUACAUCAAGAAUUUGUGGAGAAUUAUAUUGUUCAAAUACAUUACAUAUAUUAUUAAUGAUGAGUUUAGUUGGUAUAUUAACUUUUUUAAUGGGUUUAAUGGGUAUGUUAUUAGCACGUAAAUAUCGUCAUCAUUUAAAUCAAACAAGAAAUUCAUUAAUACAAUCGAAAUCAAUAACAAUCAAACAAAAUCAUUGUACAGAAAUAGAUAAAAAUUAUUAUAAUCCAAUUAAACAAUCAUCUAUAUCACAAUAUAUAAUUCAUAAACCACAAUGUCAAUCAGAUCAACAAAUAGAUAAUGAAAUAUUCAAAAGUCUUUUAACAGUUGAUAAUCAUAUUACGAAUAAUAAUAAUAAUAAUAAUACUAGUAAUGUUAGUAAUACUAGUAGUAGUAGUAAUAGUAAUAGUAGUAAUAAUAAUAAUCAACCAUAUACAAUGGAUAUUAAAGAUUGUUGUAAAUAUUGGUUAAAUGAACAUUCAUAUGCUAAUCCUUUAUUAUUACAAAGAUCUUUACCUCAUGAUCUACCAUUACACCAACAUCAUCGUCAUCAUCUUCAUCAUCAUCAACAACAACAACAACAACAACAACCUUAUCAGCAACAUCAACUUUAUCAUUCACAAUGUCAACAACAUCAACAACCAUCACAAUAUCAAUUACAACAUUAUCAAAUUUCACCAUCAUCUACAAUGGCUACUCCAAGUCAUUGUUCAUGUUUAAAUGAAACAUUAUUUACUGAUAAUAAAAUAAUACAAAAUUUAUCUAAUUAUUAUACAUUAAAAGGUUAUACUACAUUACCAAUAACUACAUCGAAUACAUUUACAUCAUUUAAAUCAAUAGAAAAUUCUAGACAAAAUGAUGAUUAUCGAUUGUUGAAUAGAACAACAACAGCGUUUAUAUUGGAACCAACACAUACAAUGAUAAGUAGUAUUAAUAGUAGUAAUACAACAACAACAACAACUACUACUACUAGCACUGUCACUACUAUUAGUAAUAAUGAUACUAAUAAUUAUGGAAAUAACAAUAAUAUGAGUAUAAGCACUAUGAGCAAUAUUCAUGAAUCCAUUACAUCAUCAUAUUCAACAACAAAUAUAAGUAGUAAUAAUAAUAAUAAUUCAGUAAUAUAUUGUUCAGAUCAAUUAACAGAUUCUUAUCCCCAUUCUUCAAUUCAACUCCAAGAUGAUGUAAUACUAUUUCAAAACAAUAAUAAUAAUAAUAAUAAUAAUAAUUCAACUAAUGAACCAAAUAAUAAUCAAUGGUGUACAAUAAAAAAUGUACAAUUUAUAAAUAAUAAAUCUAAUCAUUUAUCAUUACAAUCUCAAUAUAAAAAAUUAUCUACAUUUGAUGAUACUAUUUAUUUUGGUAUAGAUUAUCAUAAUCCUAAUUGUACAAUAAAUCCAGUAAUAGAAACAAUACAAUUAGAUACAAAUCAAUUACAACAUAAUCAAAUACAAUCACAAUUUAUACAACAAUCAUUGAAAUAAUAAUAAUAAAAUAAAAAAUGACAAUAUAACAGAAAAACGAAUUAUUAAUUCUGUUAGAAUGAAGAAUAUAAAUCUGCUCAUCAGUUUAUACUUUAUAUUUCAUUAAUCUUCAGCUAUUAUUACUCAUACAUUUAACUAACAUGUACAUAAAUGACAAAGAAAAUAACAUCAUCAAUUCAGUGUAUACUUUAAAAUGACACAGUAAAGUUUAUUAUAGUACAUGAUUAUGCUCAUUUUAUAAAUUGUACAUGAUAUAUACAUAUUACUUAAAUAUUUAUAAGGAAGUAGCUCAUAUACAGUUGUAAUAUAUAUUGAACAUUUAAGGAGUACAUUUUAAAACACAAAUCUUUAAUGAAUAUUUACAAGAAAAAGCAGACAAACAAACAAACAGAACAGAAUAGUUCUCCUAAUUAAUGGUUGUGCACUAAUUUUGAUAAUUAUUUAUAUAAUCAAAUUAAUGAGAAAUAUUCUACACAAAUACAUAGAUACACGUACAUAGGGACAUUUUGUAUACAUAUACACACAUUUACACAUACGUGCGCACACACACACACACAAACACAUGCACAAAUCUAUCUCAUUUGCACUAAAUUUGUUAUGACUUUACUUUCUUUCAAAAGAAGGAGACAGAAAGUGAGGAAAGAAUACAACUUAAGGAAUAACAUAAGGUAAUCUUUAUAAGGUUCUGUUUAGUUGGACUAUCGGUUAAACAAAGGAAACCAUACAUUGUAAUCUAAAUUGCAAAAAUGUAAUUUGUAAUAUUUUACAUUUGAGAAAAUAAUGAUAAACUUGAAUUUGGGAUUUUAUUUGUGUUAAUUUUUCUUCAAGUUUAGGAGCACUGUUUGUUUUGUUUCGUUUUCUUUUUUAAAGAAAAAAUAUGUAACUCUUACUAAACGUUCUUUCGGUUUCUUUUUUACAUGCGAACUGUAUACAACAUCCUUACUGAACGUUAUUAC